AUGAAUAACGAGCAGUUCCGGCGACUUCUCGCCGAUAAUACAUCGACUUCCAAGUCCGGCGACAAGUCCGGCUCGUCGUCGCGCAAUGCACCAGCUGGUGGCGCCACUCCGAGCGCGCUGGGCUCGCGAAUGCGCUCUAGUAUUCCCAUGACCCCGCGCUCUGUUACAGGGGUUGACUUCGCCCGACAGCUCGCGGAGCAUCGCCGAGAGGGCGAUCAACGUCCCGCGAAGCGUUUCAAAUCUUCUGCCGCGCCAAAGGGUAGCAAAUUGGCUACCGGGUACCAGGACCGCGCACAGCUACGUAAUGCGGAUGAUGAGAGUGAGGAUGACCUACAGAAACGGGUCAAGGCCCUCGAAGACAUGGUGAAACUAGGCCAAAUCGAUCAGGCGACGUUCGAAAAGCUGUGCGGCGAACUCGGGGUCGGUGGAGACACGGAGAGUACACACAUGGUCAAGGGCUUGGAUUGGACGUUACUGAAGCGAGUUCGUGCUGGUGAGGAUAUAUCGAAGGCGCCUGAAAAACCGGCUCCUCCCCCGGCAGAGGAACCGCCUGUUACCGAGGAAGAUGCAGAUGAGGCGUUCGAGCGGUUGAUGGAGGAGAAGGGUUUGGAAGAGAUCAAAGCAGCGCCUAAGGAGCCAAAGGAGAAAAAGAAAGGAACAAUGGCACCACCACCGCCUCGACCGAAGACACGCGACGAAAUUCUGAGGGAGUUGAAGGCCAGUCGAGCGGCGGCUGCAAGUGCGCCACCCCCGGUGCCGGGGUCAACACUUGGCUCUAAGUUCAAGAAAGUUGGCGAUGGCAAGCCAGAGAAGAAGCGCUUCAUUGAGUCAGACGAGAAUGGUCGGCGGCGGGAGGUCCUGCUCAUCACGGACGCUGAGGGCAAUACGAAGCGGAAAACCCGCUGGAUUGAUAAACCCAAUGAGCCGCGUGGGACUCCCUCUCUGCCUAUGCCUGAUAAGGAUGCGAAACCUCUUGGAAUGGAGGUUCCAGCGGACAUUGCUGCGAGGGAAGCUGCCAGCGCUGCGCCUGAAGACGAAAACGAUGAUAUCUUUGCCGGCGUUGGCGCUGAUUAUGACCCUCUUGCCGGCAUCGAGCAAGCAGACGAUUCCUCGUCCGAUGAAGAUGGCGAGCAUCCAGAGAAGCCUGUCAAGGAUAAUGUACCAGGCUCCAUCUCAGAAGAGGCUCAGGGGCCCACCGAUCAAGCCGCAGCACAACCUACCAAAUCACGCAAUUACUUCGCAACAACAACAUCCACCACCGCCCCCGAAGAACCCUCGGACCGCUCUAACCCCCUCACAAAGGAUCCUACAAUCCUCGCUGCUCUCAAACGAGCCGCAGCCCUCCGCCAAACUUCCCCCUCCGAGGAAGACUCCGGCCUAUCUGCAGAGGCAUCCCUCCGACAAAAGAAAUUCCUCGAAGAAGCCCGCCGGCGCGAUGCCAUGGACGCCGCAGAUUUGGAUAUGGGCUUUGGUGGUAGCCGUAUUGAGGAUGGCGAGGAGGAUGAUGAUGGUGUGCUACUGGACUUUGAGGAUCAGCAGCGUGGAGGGAAUAAGAGGAAGCGUGGGCCGAAGAAGAGGAAGGGCGAUAAGGAUAGUGCUGAUGAUGUUAUGCGUGUUCUUGAGGGGCGGAAGAAGAAUGUUGAAUAA